CUUACAAAUAAUUGGAAAUGAAUAGUAUAAAUAAUUAGAAAAAACAUUGUUGUAUAUAAAAAUAAUUUAGACUCACCAAUUAUUCUAAUUUUAAUUUAUCUUUCUAAAUUCUAUAAUAUAAAGAGACACACGACACACGGCACACGCCAUGUGAGUGCCGAACUUAACCUUAAAAAAUGAAAAAUUUACUAUCUUUAUCAAUACAAUGUAUAAGACAGAAAUUAAAUGCUGGCUAUGUACGACCAUCCGAUAUUUGCAAAGCUUCUAUCGAUCUUACGUCGCUUAUUAAACCACUGAAUGCUUAUAUCACAGUAACUGAAAAUGUAGCAAAAGAACAAUCUAAGAAUGCAGAUACUAGACAAGAAGAAAAUUGUAUUUUGGGUGAUCUCGAUGGUGUUCCUAUUGCAAUCAAAGAUAACUAUUGUACAAAAGCAGUGCCAACGACUUGUGCUUCUUUUAUGUUAGAAAAUUUUGUUCCUGGAUAUGAUGCUACCGUCUAUCAAUGUCUCAAAAAUGCUGGUGCAGUUCUGGUUGGCAAAACUAAUCUUGAUCAAUUUGCUAUGGGCUCAGGAACAAUUGAUUCAUAUUAUGGGCCAACAAUAAAUCUAUGGGGUUCUGAAAUACUGUCUAAGCAUUAUUUAUAUGAGGAUGGUACAGAGAUAAACACACAACAUUCUACUAACAAAGAUAAAUGGCAUAUAGCAGGUGGUAGUAGUGGUGGUUCUGCGGUAGCAGUAGCUACUCACAGUUGUUAUGCGGCAAUAGGAUCUGACACCGGAGGCUCUACUCGUAAUCCUGCUUCUUACUGCGGUCUGAUUGGAUUAAAACCAACUUAUGGAUUAGUUUCAAGAAAUGGUCUUAUACCUUUGGUAAACUCAAUGGAUGUACCUGGUAUUCUUACCAGAUAUGUGGAAGAUGCUGUUUUAAUUCUAAACAGUAUAGCAGGACCGGAUGAUACAGAUUCUACUACUAUAAAAAAAGAUUAUGAGCCCUUUUCAAUACCAGAAAAAAUUGAUAUAAGUAAUUUAUGUGUUGGUAUACCAAAAGAAUAUAAAGUUGAUGGAAUAAGCAAAGAAAUACAAAAUUGCUGGGAUGAAGUUGCCUUAUUAAUAGAGGAAGCAGGUGCUAAAGUAAUUCCAGUUUCUCUUCCACAUACAGAUUAUUCUAUAGUAUGUUAUUCGGUAUUAAAUUGUUGCAAUGUAGCAAGUAAUAUGGCACGUUAUGAUGGUAUUCGAUAUGGUUAUCGUGCGGAUGAAGAAAAUUCGGCAACUGAAUUGUACACAAAAACAAGAUCUGCAGGUUUUAACGAUGUUGUUAAGGGUCGUAUAUUAACUGGAAACUUUUUUUUGUUACAAGAAAAUUAUGAACAAUAUUACGUAAAAGCAAUGAAAUUACGUAGAUUAAUUUCUCAAGAUUUUGACAAAGUAUGGGAUAGUAAUAUUGACUUGUUACUUACACCUACUACUCUAUCAGAUGCUCCAACUUAUGAUGAAUUUGUAUUACUUGAUAAUCAGAGGCAGUGUAUAAUUCAGGAUUAUUGUACACAACCAGCAAAUAUGGCAGGAAUUCCAGCAGUAAAUAUACCAAUAAAAUUAUCUAAAAAGGGAUUGCCACUAUCAUUACAAUUAAUGGCACCACCUUUGCAAGAAAAAUGCCUGCUUACUGUAGCUAAGUGGAUCGAAGAUUGCGUACGAUUUCCGAAAAUACAAUUGAAAUAAGUGCGCAUAAUACAAUAGAUCCCUUUAUUUAUUGUAAAUAUACCUAUUUCUAUAUAAUUAGAAUAAUAAAAAAAUUAACACAUUUGUUAUAUUUAAUUUAUUAGAAACAUAAAAAUCUUAUAAGUUUAGCAGAAUAAUUUUAAUGUAAUAUUUCAAAUACGAGGUGUUUGUCUAUAUCUAAUAUUAAAAAAAAAACGAAAUUAAUACUUUCGAUAAUUUUGCAAUUACUAAAAUAAAUUUUUAUGUAUAAGGAGUACAGUAAAUUAAUAUUUAAACAACAGUACGUGCAUCUAAUGUUAUAAAGAUCAUAGCACGCGAGAAACUUGAAAUAAUUUAAAAUUUCAAUACUUAAAAAUUUUGAUCUUGAAGUCGUGUAAUAUCAACAUAUUCGGGAUUAGGAUUAAUUUUGAGGAUUACCGAUUUAGUUAUACUUUGUACUCCGACAAGAAAACAUCGAAAUUCUCUCUUCUAAAAGUGAAGAUUUAUAAAUUAAUACUUUCAAUAAUUUUCCAAUUAUUUAAACAAUUUAAUAUACGCAAAUAUUUAAAUAAACUAA